GCAACCCAACCCGCAUCGAGCUCACCUCCUCCGACCGCGACGAGCUCGAAGACCACCUCCGCGCCGCCGCGGCAGCCACCACCACCAAGGAUCCUUCCGGUUACACCACUCCGUCUCCAGUCCUUGGCCCGCAGACCUCCAAUCCCCUGCUCCAAUUCCUCCACCCGAAGCCCGGCGCCGUGCCAUCCAAGUCCCAACGCAUCGGCAUCGGCCUCUCCACCCCGCCGGCUCCGGCCCCGAACCCGCGACCACCCCAUCCACCCCAUGGAGGUUGAGAUCAAGCUCCGCCUCCCCGACGCCGCCGCGCACCGCCGCCUGUCCGCGUUCCUCGCGCCCCGCCUCCGCCGCACCCACGCCCAGCGGAACCUCUUCUUCGACGACGCCGCGCGCACGCUCGGAGCCGCCACCGCCGCGCUCCGCGUCCGCCUCUACGACGGGCCCGACGACCGCGGCCCCUCGCGCGCCGUCCUCGCGCUCAAGCGCCGCCCGCGGAUCGAGGCCGGCGUCAGCCGCGUCGAGGAGAUCGAGGAGCCCCUCGAGCCCGCGCUCGCCGUCGCCUGCGCCGACGACCCCGCCCGCCUCGGCGGCCUCGACUCGCCGAUCAUCCGCCUCGUCGCCGCCGAGUACGGCGUCGGCGGGGACGCCGCCCCCUUCCUCUGCCUCGGCGGCUUCGGGAACACGCGCGCUGUCUACGAGUACGAGCUUGAGGACGGCGGCGGCGGCCUCGUGCUGGAGCUCGACGAGACGCGGUUCGACUUUGGGACCAGGUACGAGCUCGAGUGCGAGACGGCGGAGCCUGACCGGGUCAAGGAGGUGCUGGAGCGACUGCUCACGGUGGCCGGCGUGCCCUACGAGUACUGUCGGAACAGCAAGUUCGCCUGCUUCAUGACAGGGAAGCUGCUUCCUUGACUAGGCAUAGCCUUGUCCGUUCUUGGUAUUUCCCUUCUUCGUGCCAUUAAGCUGCAUUUGAACAACUUGAAUGGAAUGUCAGUGACGCUUUGAAUAAUGACAAAAAUAAGUGUGGCUUCUCAUAUUUGGUUAGUGUAUGGUUUUGGUUUUGUGGCAACGGAACAUAAUCCUGAGUCUGGUCAAAUCCAAUUUCUCCCAAAAUCUAUGGGACAACAGCCCUACCAGCUUGGUAUUUCAGUACUGUACCUUCGUUCAGUAUUGUUACCUUGUUCGGGCAAAUUUACAUAGCAUAUCUUCAUGAACAACAAACAUUAUAUUGGUCC